AUGGCCGAAAGGAGGGUCUCUCUGCCCAUCUCCAACAAGCGAGUGGAGGACAUCCUGAUGUGGCGGGACGUCCAGAAGAGCGGGAUCAUCUUCGGCAGCCUGACGGCGGGGUACCUCGUGCUGGAGUGGAGCGGCUAUAGCAUGCUGUCGCUGCUGGCCUACGCCAUGCUCGGCAUCCUGGGCGGCUUCCUCGUGUGGACCAACGCCGCGGCGCUGCUGAAGAAGCCUGGUCCUCCGAUCCCCAGCUUCGUCAAGGACGGAGUUUCAGACGAUGACAUCCUGAAAGUGGCCCAGAAGUUGACGCCUGCCAUCAACGAUGCUCUUGGCGUCGUGCACAGGACGAUCACAGGGGCAGAUAUGGUGCUGGCCGCAAAGGUGUGUGGAGCUCUAUUUGUCAUCGCGAAGAUUGGCGGCUGCUUCUCACUUUUCACUCUGUGCUACAUUGGCGUUCUUGCCGCGUUUGCGCUUCCCAAGGUGUACGAGCUCAAGAAGGACGAGAUCGACGGGGCGGCCGCCAAGGCGCUGGAGCAGGCGAAGACCCUGUACUCCAAGGCCGAGGCCAUGGCCAAGCAAAUCCCCAAGGCGCGGGCCACGGACAAGAAGACCGAGUAG